AAAGCAAAGCGCUUUAAAAUACUCUCUCUCUCUCUCUCUCUCUCUCUCUCUCUCUCUCUCUCUCUCUCUCAAGUAAACAUGCACCGUCAGUCACUAGGAUCACCUGCUUCAAAGCUUCUCACCCAUGGAGUCAUCUUCGCCGGCGCCGGAGUUAUCAAGGACGACAUUAGUAACAGUUUCAUUACAGAAGACUUCCAGAAUCACCGGAAGGAUAAAUCAGCAUCGUCUUCCUCCGGCGCCUCCGACGUCGACGAAGAACACAAGUCACAGAAGCCUUAUCAACAGAAAUCAAUCUUAAUAUCUUCUUCUACGAGACUAGUUCACCUGAUUCCACUCCUCACGUUCUUAUGCUUCCUAGUCCUCUACCUAUCCUCCCACGAUCCUUCCCGAAAAGAUUUAACUCCGUUUAGUGGAUUCACAACGCUUUCAUCGAAGAACGCCAACAUAGAUUCAAUGGACAUCGGAUUUCUGGAGAUCGAGAAGAAGGAUGUAUUGGCGAUCCGAAGCAUGAGGAACUUGCAACAACAAGAAGGAGGACAUCGUCUCCAUCGGAAGUUCGGACAUUAAACCCAAAACCUAUACUUCUCCGCCGCUUCCUCCGUCGCUUCAAGCCUUCAGAGCUUCGCACGUGUGUAAAAGCUGAAAACCUUUGGUUAUAAUAGUAUAGUACAUUAUAAUUAUUAUUUAUACAUGCCGUUUCGACGUCGUUUUGUGCA